GCCGGACCGGUUCGUUGUCACGGAUAUCAUGAUUCACAAGUGUUAUCUUCUACUGUCUUAGGCGUACGUUGAGGAGGAAGUGGUCAGCUUAACGGAACAAAUGAACAGACAAAUAGAAGGAGUGAGAGAUAGAUACGUAUCUUUGGCUGGGGAAGGGCAGCAGAAGUUCAGUUGAAGGCACAAAUGACGAAGUUGCCUCCUGUCAUUUUCGUGUGACUUCCAUCAUCAGGGAAGGCAAGCUGGCUGCCCCUUUUGAAAAGCGUGCCAAAGACAAACUAAAGCAAGGGACGCGGCUUGUGGAAGGGGCUUUUUUCUGUAUGAGAUUCUCGAGGGAGAAGCUAUGGUUACACAAAUGCUAAACUGCUAUCGUCAGAAUCCUCAGAAUAUUUUCGUGUUAUUCGGAAGCUCAAGGGACUAUGAUGGGCAGAAGGAGGGGCUGUAUGUGACACUGGCUGACGGGUAGCCUACCGGCCGAUAUAAGUUCAGCAGAGAGGCGACUCAUUAAGUGGCUGCUGUUACUGUUGUCUCUCCCUGUCGAAAUAUCAUUAUGGUUCAAGCGGGGGGUCUAUCCGUAUGGUUAUGACGCUGAUUGAAGUGCGAGGGUGCAAUGAAAGUGCAAGGUCAUUGGACGAGUCCGACUAUAAGAAUGAUUCCGUCCGAAAGAUUACUGUCACAAAAACUCGAAUUACUGAAGAAGUAAGCAAGUGCCCUGGUGGCAAAACAGCAAAACGUUUGCGCUUAUGUGGAGCUCAGCCAUGAGACGUGAGGUAAAGUUAGCUCUACUAUUAGGAUUGGCAACGUAUCUGGAGGAGAUAUCCUGUUCGCUAUCUCCAAAGGAGAGGAUUUACCCUUCGGGAUCUGGUUCGGUGAUUGUGGUCUACAAGAAGGACCAUGGGGAUCCUAAGGACUCACUUUCUUCAGGCCAUCGGGACAGCUAUUCCUCACAUCGGGAUGGACGCAGUCGAUACCUGGAAGAUGACCAUAGCCGCGCGGAUGAUUUUCGGUUCGUAAAGGCUAAAGAUCUUAGUGAGGGUCCUCACCUCUCCGCACCAGGAAAAACACCGAACCUGUUACCUACGCCAGGAUUUAUAGAAGGAAGACCCCAUUGUGCAAGAGAGCUUGACCUAUGUGCGCAUAACCAUGACUAUCCAUUGGACAAAGUGUCUGUGAUCGUCGAUCGGUAUUACUCACAUACAUAUGAUCUUUACCAUUCGCUGUAUCAAACUCCACCACACGAGGUGCAAUGGGUGGAAAACUUCACGAAUGCCUUUACUCAUGAAAAACACCACGGCGACUUUGCGUGUAAAUCAGAAGCAACUUAUCUUCGCAUCGGUUGGGCCAAAAACUACAAGGGCCAUUGGAAAGCCGUCGUCAAUACAGAAAGAUUUCCUCAAACAGCUCGCAUUGAGAAAUGCAAGUAUCGCGAAAAGCCAUGCGAUUAUAUGCCACCAUGUUACAAGACGGCGUGUAAACAACGGGAGAUGCUUUACCCUUUAAUCGCAGUGAAUCCGUACGAUCUCGGUCAGAAGCCUCUUAUCGAUUUAUUCCCUCUGCCCAGUGGUUGUGUAUGUUAUGUCGAUGACACCUUCUUUCAUAAAAAAUAGAUCAAAUUAAAUCAAUAAACUGUUUAAAGGAUAGAUGAGAACAAACGUCAUCUCCAUGCUGCACACCCCAUUCUCAGCGAGUCAAAAAAGUUGACCAUCCUUAUCGGCAUCGGCGGCAUUCGACGACCUGUAGAAACUAACGCCCCCACUGGCCAUAGCAGUACGUUUUUACGGAAGAAAAUAGGUACAGCCUACACUUACCAUAAAUCAUAUACAUCAUACACUAUUUCACUUAUUGAAAGACGCUGAUCCCAUUUCAUCGCUGUACAUAGAUUUCCUACAGAACUCCCAAUGUUUAACGAAAUUAUUCGUUACUUGAGUAAUCAUGCGUGUUGAUAAGGUGGGCAUAAGUCGGACAAAAGACUAAAUAGAUUUUCUUUCGCCCGUACAAAAUAAAUGUAAAGUUUGCAAACUCCUUAGUGGAAGCAAAACCAAAUGAUUCAUGCUGGCUUCGUAAGACAUAUUAUAUCUGCCGAAUGUUCACCGAGCUUCAUUUACAAUGGGCAGUACAAAUAAAUUUAACCGCUACCUUGAGGUAAGAGUUAGGGUAGCUUUCAUUUCAUUGCUAGUAUUAAUAUAUACAUAUAUGUAUACAUACAUAUACAUGUUUCGAGUUUUGCGUCCCGAACCGUCGUUAAGCUUUGUUUUACUGCCUAAUAUCAGUAUGCACGACGCACCUUUCCGAUAGUUAUACGCACCACUAAUACUCGAGUUGUGAUCCUCGGAUGCUUGAAUAGAAAUCAGUAAACAUUUUCUUACUGAUAGAAGAAUCUUACACUAUAGAAUUUCGGGGUUGUCCUUUUCAUAUUAGGUUCCAUCUUUCUUUAUUAUCACGUUCAACGCAAAAUUAAAUUUGUCAGUAAUUCCAAUGUUUAUAUAUACACUCAUGCGUCACAAGUGUGCGCCAGUUGGACGCUUUAGCAAGAAUGAGUUUGAAGUGAUACAUACAAGCAGUUCGUAUACACACAGCUGUCCCACAGGUCGCAAAACAUAAGUAAAAGGAAGUUAAGUUAAAUUGACUUUGGUUGGGAGACACACUGACCUUCAUGCGCGGCUAUAUUACUAAGUUUUGCACCUACCGAAAGCAGAGGUUAUCUCUAAAAUAAAGGAUACUCGAGCCUUAUUUUUAAUGGACUUUUACGAAUAAUUGUGUAACUCGAUUAUUGGCUAGUUACUAACAGCUCAUUUUACUAUAGCACUAAAGGAUAUGAAUAGGGUCAAAAAGAUUGGAAUUGGGAUU